AUGAACAUCUCUCAUUUCCUGGCCUUGCUGCUCCCAGGAUCCCCACAGGGUCAAAACAGGAGCAGGUCAAGGAGCAUUCCAUACAACUUCUCUGACCACUGCCAGGAUUCUCUGGACCCGAUGGUCUUUAUUGUUGUCUCUUACAGCAUCGAGACUAUUGUGGGGGUCCUGGGAAACCUCUGCUUGAUAUGUGUGACCAUCAGGCAGAAAGAGAAGACCAAUGUGACCAACCUGCUCAUUGCCAACCUGGCUUUCUCUGACUUUCUCAUGUGCCUCAUCUGCCAACCACUCACAGCCAUAUACACUAUUAUGGACUACUGGGUCUUUGGGGAGGCCCUUUGCAAGAUGUCAGCAUUCAUCCAGUGUAUGUCGGUGACAGUCUCCAUCCUUUCGCUUGUCCUUGUGGCCCUGGAGAGGCAUCAGCUCAUCAUCAACCCAACAGGCUGGAAGCCCAGCAUCUCCCAGGCCUAUCUGGGGAUUGUGGUCAUCUGGCUCAUCGCCUGCCUCCUCUCCCUGCCCUUCCUGGUCAACAGUGUCCUAGAGAAUGUCUUUCACAAGAACCACUCCAAGGCUGUGGAGUUUCUGUUAGAUAAGGUGGUCUGUACAGAGUCCUGGCCGCUGUACCACCACCGCAUCAUCUACACCACCUCCCUGCUGCUCUUCCAGUACUGCAUGCCCCUGGCCUUCAUCCUGGUCUGCUACGUCCGCAUCUACCGGCACCUGCGGAAGAGGAAGCGGGUGUUCCGCAAGGGCACCUACAGCUCGCGGGCUUGGCAGAUGAAGAGGAUCAAUGGCAUCCUCUUGGCGAUGGUGGUUGCCUUCGCCAUGCUCUGGCUGCCGCUGCAUGUGUUCAACAGUCUGGAGGACUGGUACCAUGAGGCCAUCCCCAUCUGUUAUGGCAACUUUAUCUUCUUGGUGUGCCAUCUGCUUGCCAUGGCCUCUACCUGUGUCAACCCUUUCAUUUAUGGCUUUCUCAACACCAACUUCAAGAAGGAGAUCAAGGCCUUGGUGCUGACAUGUCAGCAGAGUGCCCCCGUGGAAGAGUAUGAGCAUCUGCCCCUAUCCACAGUGCACACGGAAGUCUCCAAAGGGUCUCUGAGGCUCAGUGGCAGGUCCAACCCCAUUUAGCCAGGUGUAGGCCUUCUCCCUGCCAUGGUCAUUGUCAAGUUCCUUUACUUAGCCAAGUGGGCCAACUGCAUCAUUACUGGCAUCAUUAUUGGCAUUCUGGUGGACACCAUCCUUACGGGCUUUCUGGAGUCCAGAGAGGCUGGAAAGAACCCAUUUUUGCAACCAUUUGCAUUGUGAAGACUGACAUUCAGUUGGUUCAGCCAUUUGUUCCUGGGAGAAUUCUGAGCAUGGAUUCUGCGGGUCACAGUAUGUCUUGUAGCCUGAGCAGGUGCCAGAGCCAGAGAUGGUCUGCUCGUUGCAGGCAGAGUUCAUUCUGGCAAUUCAGAAACAGAUGCUCAGCCUGGGAGCCCAAGGGUUUCACCUCCUCCAGUGAGACUGUGAGGUCACUGUGGAGUCAGGGAGGGAGCACGGGGGUCAAAGCUCUGGACCUUGGUCAGGCCCUCACCUCUUGGAGAGGUGAUGUUGGUGGACAGGCUUUGUAAGUGGUAAAGAAGUCUAUGAAGGCAAGUUAGCACAUCCAGGUGCAGAGAAUGGAUCAUGCUUACCUUGGGUCCUCAUGCUCCAAUGCAGGAGGAAAGUCAGUCCUGAGCAGCAGGAAUCCCAUGAUUCAUAUCCUGCUCCAUAUUCCUCUUUCACUGCCUCUGCACCUCAUGUGGAAAUGAGGCUGCAAGUAUCUCCCCUUGAUAAACACCUUGAGGGGGACAUCUGCAUCACCAUAGAGCUUGUCCUCUAUGCCUAGGACAGGACCUGGUGCAGGGAGAGGGCUCCAGCAAGGUUUGCCAUGGUAGGCUGAUGGUGUAAACAUGCCCCUGCUGAGGGCCCAGCUGAGCACGGGCGCCCUGUGCCACGGUCCAGCAUGGGAAGAGCCAGGUUGCUGCAGCCAUGCUCUUACCUGCCUUUCCUGGCCUUUAGGACCUCUCUUGCCAGACAAGGCAGCAGGCCAGGGACUCUGUGACCUUACCCCAUGUUGACCCACUGCCAAGGCUGACAGCACUCAAGGUUGUGACUCCGGCCUCUGUUCCACACUCUGACCACUAAGCUGACUUGCUCUAGGUGAUGUGCAUUGUUGUUCUAAAGCCUCCCCAGGCCUUCAGUAGGGGCAGGGGCAGGGGGUUCGUGAAUUUGGCUUAACAGGACACUGGCUGAAAGGAGUAGGAGUCCUCCUUCCUCCAGCCCACCAGGGAAAAUGGAGAAAUGGCUACAAUGGAUGUGAAUAUCUCACCCAUGGAGGUCUUGCCCCAGUCUUCUGGCUGCUGAGCCAGAUCCAAGGCUUUAUCUCUGUGUGGACCAGACAGGUCAAGCUUGCCUCUGGGCCACUUUCAAUGGGAGACCCAGGUCUGGCUCUGCCUGCUCAGUUUCACCUACCCUCUGGCAGAGUGGGCAGUGGCUAGACCCACCAUGGCCUCCAGGGGCAGGGUAUUCAGGUGCCCAGAGCCCUCAAGUAUCUCACUGGGAGGCUGCUAGGACCGCUGUUCACAGGAUAUGUGGCAGAGGGCCAGGCAACAGAAGAUUGAACAAUCACGUCUGACUGUCUCUCUGACCUGGCCCCUGACCGAGAACUUGUGCAGCCGACACCCAACACAAGUAAUCUGUGAGCCACCAGCCCCCUUCCUGGAGCUGUUUAUUUCUUCCCAGGUUUUGGUCAUAUCUCUCAUUCUGUUUCUUUAUUGACUUUUACCCUGGCUUUUGGAAUAGAUUUUGAGCCACUGUAUUGGGUGCAGCUUGUGCUUGUCCUCUGGUGCCAUCUGCUGCUGGCUGCUCCCGGUAACCACCUGCCAGCAAAGCCCAGACCUUGGGGCCCAUCCCAGCAAGAUGUCAUUGAGCAAGCUUCCCAAAGAAUGUGGGGGCCUCAGACACCUCCAGAGCCCAUGCAAUUGCCUGGGGUUUACACCUCAUCACUCGUAUCAGUGGUGCCAAGAUGCUUGGGGACAAGGAUGCUUUAGGGUGCCCACAUGACUGAGGACAGGGGAACUGGGUUGGGCAUCUGGCAGAGGUGCUUGGCAUUAGGAAUUGGGGUAGUGGGUGAAAGCUUUGUUGAGCAUCUUCUAUGCUGUCUUCACCUUGCUUGGGUUGACACAACUUACCUGGAUGGCUGUCUCCUGCUCCCAGUUCCUAAUGACCCUUGGAGUUGUCUGGUUCCCCAGUGUACCCUGGGACCUUGCUGCUCAAAGUAUGCUCAGAAGACCAGCAGCCUUAGCAGCAUUUAGAACUCAUUAGAUAUGUGGAAUCCCUAUUCCCACCUGAGAGCUAUUGAAUCAGAAUCUGCAUUUGAUCAGAACCUUUAAGUUAAUGGUGUACAUGUUCAAGUUGGAGAAGCUCUGCUCUAGGAAACAGAGUGCCUGGAGCCUGGAGCUGCUCGCUGAGCACCUGUGGGCACCCACUCUGGGAUCUCGACUAGAGUUCUAGGAAUCCUUGUUCUGGAAAUAAGGCUU